CAUCCACAUACACAAUUUACUUGGGUUUCAAACAUUUUGACCUAAAAUGGCACCACAAGGCAUUUUCUACUCAUCAUCUCUCUUUCUUUUCUUGCUCUUCUUUGCCCUCUUUUCCUUAUCUGCUGAAGCUGCAUUGAAGAAGUAUCAGUUUGAUAUUCAAGUGAAGAAUGUGAGCAGAUUGUGCCAUGCCAAGCCUAUUGUAACUGUAAAUGGAAUGCUCCCAGGACCUACUAUUUAUGUUAGAGAAGGAGAUAGAGUUCUUGUUAAUGUUACUAACUCUGCUAAAUAUAACAUGUCUAUCCAUUGGCAUGGAUUGAAGCAAUUUCGCAAUGGUUGGGCAGAUGGACCAGCUUAUAUAACACAAUGUCCAAUCAAGACAGGGCAUAGCUAUACUUAUGAUUUCAAUGUCACAGGCCAAAGAGGAACCCUAUGGUGGCAUGCACAUAUUUUUUGGUUAAGGGCAACAGUUUAUGGUGCCAUUGUAAUUAUGCCUAAACAAGGAACCCCAUUUCCAUUUCCACAGCCUCACAUGGAGUCUAAUAUAAUCUUGGGAGAAUGGUGGAACACAGAUGUUGAAGAUGAAGUGAAGAAGGGUAACAAGUUGGGUUUGCCACCUAGAGCAUCAGAUGCUCAUACCAUCAAUGGGAAGCCAGGACCACUCUUUCCAUGUUCUGAGAAAUAUACUUAUGCAAUGGAGGUAGAGCAAGGAAAGACCUAUCUCUUGAGAAUCAUCAAUGCUGCACUGAACGACGAGCUUUUCUUCGUGAUUGCCGGACACAAUAUGACUGUUGUGGAGAUUGAUGCAGUGUAUACCAAGCCCUUCACAACCCAAACUAUACUUCUUGGACCUGGGCAGACCACAAAUGUCCUUGUUCAGGCUAACCAAAUACCAAACAGAUACUUCAUGGCUGCUAGGCCUUUCAUGGAUGCUCCACUUACAAUAGACAACAGAACUGUCACUGCAAUCCUACAAUACAAAGGCAUUCCAAAUACUGUAAUUCCAAGCUUACCUCAUUUGCCUGCUCCAAAUGAUACUUCCUUUGCCAUGAACUACACUGGAAAGCUUAGGAGUCUAAACUCUGCUAACUUCCCUGCAAAUGUUCCCCUCAAUGUGGACAGACAUCUUUUCUAUACAAUUGGUUUGGGAAUGAACCCAUGUCCUACUUGCCAGAAUGGAACCCAACUCACUGCUUCCUUAAACAAUAUCACUUUCGUGAUGCCCAAAAUUGGGCUUCUUCAAUCUCAUUAUUUUAACAUCAAGGGAGUGUUUAGGACAGAUUUCCCUGACCGUCCUCCCACUCCAUUUAAUUUCACUGGUGCACCACUUACAGCAAACCUUGGAACUUCUUUGGGGACUAGACUCAGUAAGAUUGCCUUCAAUUCUACUGUGGAGUUGGUUCUUCAAGAUACUAAUCUUCUUACUGUUGAGUCCCAUCCAUUCCAUCUCCAUGGUUACAACUUCUUCGUGGUUGGAACGGGAAUCGGAAACUUCAACCCUGCGAAAGAUCCGGCUAAAUAUAACUUGGUGGAUCCUCCUGAGAGAAAUACAGUUGGGGUUCCCACUGGAGGUUGGACUGCAAUAAGGUUCAGGGCUGACAAUCCAGGUGUAUGGUUCAUGCAUUGCCAUUUGGAACUCCACACGAGUUGGGGAUUGAAGACAGCUUUCGUGGUAGAAGAUGGACAAGGCCCAGAGCAAUCCAUAUUACCACCACCAAAAGAUCUUCCUCCUUGUUAAAUUCCUCACAAUUGUGAAUAAUUCAUGAGAGCCAUUUGUUUGUGCAAGGCUCUUCUUGUUGGAGCUAACUUUUUCUUGUAUUUUUUUU